AUGCUGUCCACCCGUUGCCACCCGAGACGCGAUGGCGGCCCCUCAACCCCGCCCCCCCACGCCGGCAUCGCCGUCGCCGCCUCCCCGCCGCGCCGGCCCGGCAUCACCGCCUCCGUCACCGCCUCCUCGCCCUUCCGCGGCAGAAAUCCGCUACCUUCCGCGCGGUCUCCCCGAGGGAGAAGCCGCAAGGGGCCCACCAGCGCCGCAGGGGUUGCGCGGCACCCCCCGGUACCCGCUGGUGCGCAGGGAAGUGUUCGCAGGGCCGGAGCUGCCCCCCGCCCCGCGGGGUGCGCGUCAGCCCCUCCGUUACCGGCGGCUGAGGAGAGCCGCGAUCGCCUCCCCCGCCGCCGCCGGAGCGGGGGACCAGCCUCCCGGUUCCCCGCGGGGGCAGGAUGGAGAGGAGCCCCAGCGCUAACGAUUACAUAAAUUGUGUGCCUCAUCCCUGAUGCUCCAUAAAUGGCCACUGGUCCCAAAUUAGCAUGUGGAUACUAUGAUUGAAGAAUAUGAAGUCCUUAGUUAGAAUGCUUGUAACAGAGUUCAACAGCAUUUAAAUAAAUUUCUUCUGGAUGAGACAGUUUUAAAGACAUCUGUUGGGUUGGGUUUUUCUUUUAUCUUAAGUAACUCUGGCCUUCUAAUACAACUGCUCAGACUUUCUUCACAACAGUAAAGUUCCUCUCUGUUAUAGAUUCCCCUGUAUUAUUGUCAGUCCUUUGUUGAUAUACUUGUGGUACCUGUCUCUCUCUCUCUGAUUAAAAGCAGGAGUGUUCUGAGUUCCUGAUCAUACUCAGCAGUAGUUACAUUGACACUGUGUUUGCAAGCAGCAGGUUACUAGAGGCUGAAGCCAAUGUCAUCAUUUUGUUUGUAUUAUCAUGCUGAGUCCAAACUUUGCCAUUUAAAUACAGACAGAUGUUCCUUAGCAGAGCCACUUUGAAUGCAGCAUAUUACAGUACAAACCCAUCAGUGCUGAUCCCACUCUUCCAUCUUUGUUUUUAGUGGACUCCUGUUACUUUUCUCUUAAUUACUGAAUUACCCUGAAAUGUUUGUACAAUACAAAUAAACUUGAACCUUUAA